CACGCUACGUCGAUAGUGGCUAGGAUUCCAAAUUGUCGCCUCGGAGAAACCCCAUCUCAAUUCUUUAGCUAGCGGAAGUUCUUGCCGAGUUCAUGAACUAGACAAAUUAUAGAGUGGUCAGCUUGGGUUCCCUGGUUAGGGGUGGGGAAUGCGAUCCUCCGAUCGAAGUAUCGUGUUGAGCAGCUUAGCUAGGGUGGUUGGGCUGGGGCGGGCUCCUCUCUGCCCAGCCUCUCUCCCCCUUUGUUCUCCUUCUCCUGUCCCAACCCACAUUAGCUAUUGCUUUCUGCAGGGCUCCAAAUUCGAGUCAGGUCACCGAGAUGGGCCAAUGGUAGGGAAGGCAAACAGAAGAUCUCUUGCAGGAAGCUCAGAUCUGAACCAUGAACACCAAAGAGUCUGGUCGCUGCAGCGACUCCACCAUGGCUUGAUUGAGUGGAUGGACGCUAGAGUUGCGAUCGCCGGCUGAGAGAUCCAAUCCAUGUUGGGACUCGCUUCCACCCAAUGACGGCCAGCCGGGUGGAGCGGCGAACACGGAUGGAAAA